AUCCCCUCCCCUUGCUCUUUCUCUAUCGUUGUCUCCCUCCCCACCAACCUCCCAAAGCCCCAAAGCCAAGGAAGAUGCCACUCCCUCCCCCUCAUCGCCAUUCCACAACCUAAACGACGUACUGAAAAAGAUGGAGGAAGAGGGAAAGAAAAGCGAGUGUUCCACGUCCCCUUCCAAUAAAGACAAGGAAGGAAAGGAUACAGAGAUGGAGGUGGCAAAGACGGACGAGAAARAAGAGAAAGCACCUGAGACUGAGAAAGAGGAGGCCUGCACUACAACUGGAAAGAGCCAUGAGGACCAAGCCCCUAUGGAUCAGUAUCCUCUGGACUCUCCAUUCUCUCCCGUCUCACUCGCCAUGUCUGACAAAGAGUCUGGGAAGGAAAAGAUGACAGAGCAGAAAGAAGACACCGUGGCCAUGGAAACGGAUACGGACAAGGACCAUACAGAGACCAAGGCCUCUGAGGCCUCCACUUCCACGGAAGAGAAACCUUCCUCCCCCAAGGCCGCUACCAUGGCCCCCCCUGUUCCCACCCCCUCCCCCUCUGCUGCCCCUGAGCCGGAUCAGGACAUCAAAGAAGAGUUGGUGAAGAAGGGAGAGAAGAAGAAAGACGAUAGUCAGAAAGAGAAGGAAGGAGUAACGAAGGAGGAAAAGAUGGAGGUAGUUUCUGUGAAAAAGGAGAUGAAAAAGGAGAAACAGAAUGUUGCCGGGUGUUCUACCUCAUCUCUUACCUCCUCCACCUCUACAUCCACAAGUGACAAAGGGGUGAAGGUGAAGGAGGAAAAGAGCUCCUCUUCUGGACAGAAGCGUCCCUUGUUGGAAGGUGACGAGAAAGAUGGAGGGAAGGUUGAAAGAGAUGGGAAGAGGCAGAAGGUGCAGGGCGUGGAGUUGGAAGCUCAGCUCGAGUUGAAAAUCACCGCGAAAGGUGGCAGUCGCCUAAAACUUGAAAAGGUUCUGCAGAAAAUGGUUGAGGAGCGGUUGAGGGCGCUGCAGCUCACCGUCUUCGACCAAGGUUUACAGGAGCUAAAAGACCGGGUAGAAAAGAUUGAUUGUGCCACAAAACACCAGAGCACCCUUAACACACUACAGGCCAAAAUUGCUAGAUUAGCAAAGAAAUUCGGAGAAGCCAACCAGGCCUCGGAGAACAAAAGAAAACAGGAGGCACUAACGUCCCCUGUUGCCAAGGCUGCACCUGCUACAAACACCAUUCCGACACAACGCGUGCUCCGAAUGCAUCCAAAGCUGGAGCUGCAGUCUGAAGAGGGGGCAUGGCGGAGAGGGGAGCUGGCGACCUCUAUUGGUUGGAUUAAGAAUGAAAUGAAGGAGGAGGAAGAAUCCGAAGAAGAGUAUGAAGAGAUAUCUGAGGAAGAGGAAUUWGAGAAGCCUUCAUUCAACCUAAGACACCAGCCUGCUAGAAGAGAUGGGUCACAGCAGCAGUCACCACAGCAACCGAGUGGAGGAACUAGGGUUCGUUCAGACAUAAUGCUGCGUCCCAUCUCCACGGACAAGGAGAGACAGCUUUACCUGCGCUCGAAGAAUGCUGCCAGGAAGGCCAGAUCCGAUCGUUAUGCAGUAUUCCUGUUCCGGAACCUGGUCUCGUACGAGAACUACGUGAAGUGGGUCACCACGGUGAACUACGUCGGAACGUUGGGCAAAGACGCGCUGCCCGUUAACCUGCGCGAAACCAUGAAGAAAUAUUUGGAACAAAAAGAAGGAUCAACAUAG